AGUUCCGAGCAUUGUCUUUUUAUGGCGAUAAUCAGAUUUCUUUACUUUCACGUGAAUGUUUAGUGAACGCAGUGCCGAUUAAACGGAAAUACGUUUAUUGCUCCAUUAUUCACGUUUAUAAAGAGGUUUAAUUUUGGGAUAACACAAUCUCGUUUGAACCUCACAGGCUUCCGUUGGUUGACGAGGCGUUUCGCUAAAAAUGGCUGCAGAUUCUAUAUUGGAGGAUGAAGAAGAGAAUAUUUUGUAUGAUUUACUCAUUAACGCGGAAUGGCCACCAGAAACAGACACGCAGGCCCGAGGAUUAAAAGAGCACAGUUCCUCUCUUAUCUCCAAGGCUGUGACAGGACCAUUUCGCUUUAUUCUGCACUACCUUUGGUACAGCCCCUCGAGUUCAUCUUUACCUCCCGGACUGGUGCGUCUGGCAACGAAGCAGAUCAACUGGCAGCUAGUGCUAGCAAGUAAUGGGAAGCUCCUGGCUGUGGUUCAGGACCAGUGUGUGGAGUUGAGGUCAGCUCGAGAUGAAUUUGGAUCCAUCAUUGGGAAGUGUCAAGUGCCCAAGGACCCGUCACCACAGUGGAGGAAGGUGGCGUGGAGUCAUGACUGCGCUCUGCUGGCCUACGCUGACAGCACUGGCACUGUGCGAGUCUUUGACCUGAUGGGCAGCGAACUCUUUGUCAUCCCACCAGCUGUGAGUUUUCCUGGAGAUUUCAGCUACGCUGCUGCUGGUUUGAUCUUCCUGGAGUACACAGGUAGUGCUCAGUGGUCCGCAGAGCUGCUUGUGAUCACCUACAGUGGCCAGCUGAGGAGCUACCUGGUCAGUACCGGAACUAACCAGGGCUUCCAGGAAAGUCACACCUUCAGUUUCUCCACCCACUAUAACAACGGUGUCACAGCAGCCAUCUAUCAUCCGGGGCACAGGUUGCUGCUGGUGGGCGGAUGCCGGUCAGAUGAAGGCUCCACCUCCACGGCUGCUCGCUGGGGCAUCACGGCGUGGAGGGUGUUAUCGGGCUCGCCGCAUUAUAAACACGUCACCAGCUAUGAAGAUGAUGUCUUAGCGUCCCAGAGGAGAGGGCUUUUCCGAAUGCCCACGUUCCGAUUAUUUUCCAGGCAGAACAACGAACAGGAUGGUGUGUUUAGGAUGAGUGUGUCUCCUAAUAGAGCAAUGUUGGCCGUGAUCCAUUUUUCGGGCGCUCUCAGUGUGUGGGACGUUCCAUCACUCAAACAGAGGAGCAGCUGGAACCAGGAGGAGCAGCCUGGCCAUGAGGAGAUAAAUCCGGAAUGGAAGACUUCGCUAGAGAAGAGAAAGAAAAUCAGAGAUAAAGAGCAGUAUCAGUCUUUGAUGGAUGUGGGUUGGUGGAGUGAUCAGGCUCUGAUUCUGGCUCGUUGUUCCGGCUCUCUCACCGUUUCCUCUGUGCGAGCUCUCACUAAUCUCCUGGGAAAAUCGUGUGAAUGGUUUGAGCCCUCGCCCCGAGUCACCUCGGCUCACGAUGGAGGAUUUCUGAGCCUGGAGUGUGAGAUUAAACUGGCACCAAAGCGUUCACGCCUGGAGAGCAGCGCCUCCAGCAACGACGAUGACGAUGUCGAGGAAGACUCGGAUUCUGAUGAGGAAUCCUCGGCGAAGGCACGUUAUUUCGGUUAUGUAAAGCAGGGCCUGUAUUACGUGACCGAAAUGGAGCGAUUCGCUCCUCCCAGGAAGAGGCCACGCACCGUCCUGAAAAACUACAGACUGCUCAGCCUGAGGUCUACCACACCUGAGGAGCUCUACCUGAGGAAGAUUGAUAAUGAGGAAUAUGGGGAAGCUUUGUCUUUGGCUCACGUCUACGGUCUGGACUCGGACCUGGUCUAUCAAAGACAGUGGAGGAAGUCGUCUGUGAGCAUCGCCUCUAUACAGGACUAUCUGAGCAAGAUAAAAAAGCGGUCUUGGGUGCUACACGAGUGUGUAGAGAGGGUUCCAGAGAACGUAGACGCCGCCAAGGAGCUCUUAGAGUACGGCUUGAAAGGAACCGACCUGGAGGCCCUUAUCGCCAUUGGCAACAGAGAGGAUGGAGGCAGGUUUAUCUUACCGGGUGAUGUGGACAUGGAUGAUGCUCCGUAUGAGGAUUUCCACUCGGUGGAAGAGGAAAUGGAGAGAAAGCGACAGAGAGAAGCAAAGAAAAGACAGGAUCUGCUUCAGAAAGUAGAUUUCAGCAAAUUAACACUGGAGCAGAAGGAACUGUGUAGAAGCAGACUGAAGCUCUUGUGCUAUUUGGACCGACUGGCCACCUAUGAGGAGAUUUUGGGCGGCCCCCAUGCAGCAGAGGAGAGGUACGACUCAGAAUUCUUCAAGAAGUUCCGCAGUCAGAAUAUCGUGCUGUCAGCGAGGACCUACGCCAGGGAGAGUAACGUUCAAGCGCUGGAUAUUCUCUUCACUUAUCAUGGCUCAGAGUUGCUCCAGCAUCGACUAGCCAUCCUGUGCAAUUUCCCAGAAACCACCUCUCCACAUGAGUACACAGCGCUGCUGCCCGAGGCCUGUAAGGACGAGAUGUCCAGCGUGGUGUUUAUUCCUUGGGAUGAACAGAGGCACAGAGAUUUGGACUGGUGUGAAGAUCCACAGUGCAGGGCUGCGAUUGAGCCAUGUAUUGUGGAUGAUCCUCAUUUCCUGUAUGAGGAGCAGCCAGAGUUGGAGAGAUUUUGCACGCCCAGUCCAUCCAUCACACUCCUUACGGACUGGUACUUGAGCAGAGCCCAGGAGAUCGAGCACAACUCACGCCAGGUGGACUGUGCACUGUCUCUGGUGCGUCUGGGAAAAGAGCGUGAAAUCCCCGGCCUGGAGCAGCUGGGUGACGACCUGGUUACCAUGGAGACCCUAGUGUACGAGACAUCUUGCGACCUGAGCAUCAGUCUGAGGGAACUGCGGCAGCUCAGUGACAUCGACAAGCUUCGCCUACUUAUGAAAAACUCAAGUAAAAAGUUCUACAUAAAGAACACAAUCCAGUGGAUGGUUCCGUUUCUCCACCGCUGUGAGAGUCAGAAGGAGGGAUCGGCGGCAGGACUCCUCAGAGAAUACCUGGUGUCCCUCGCUAAGGAAGAUCUGACGCUCCCACUUAAAAUAUUUCAACAUUCCAAACCAGGGUGUCAGCAGAAGAUCAUCAGCGAUCCUGACCAGCUCAUGUCUGUGGCACUGGAGUGUAUCUACACCUGCGAACGAGACGACCAGCUCGCUCUCAGUUACGAUAUUCUGGAGUGUCUACCUCAGAGAGGAUACGGGCCACAGACUGAAACCACGAAACGGCUGCACGAUCAGGUCGACUCCCUGGAGAAACAUCUCAGUGUUGCUGAGGUACUGGAGAAACAUUGCCUACAGAAGCCAAUUUCAUACAUAAGAAGUAGUCAGAGCAGCAAGGAGGAGGCUCAUCAACUGAUGGUCAAACUCACCCGCCAUGUCGGGCGCAAAAAACCUCCGGCGAGUGAGAGUGUGUGGAGAGACCUACUGCAGGAUCUACUGGACAUGCAGCAGAAUGUUUACACCUGUCUGCAGCCUGCCACCUGCCACCAGGUGUUUGUGGAGAGUUUGUUGUGUUCUGGCCGUGAGGAGAACGUGCUCCUGGCUGGUCAGCUGAUGCAGCGAGGUUCCUCAGGUCCGCUUACUCCAGUCGGCUCAGCGUUCCGUGUGAAAACCACCCGUGUGCCCUACACCCACAGUGUGGAGCUGGCCCUGGCCUCCGCCCGAGAGUAUUUCAACUCGUCCGCCACACUCAGCGACCCCUGCAUCAACCUGGCAAGGUCAUGUCUGCAGCUCAUUACAGAUUGCCCUCCUUCAAUCCAAGAAGAAUUGGAUCUCAUCAGCGCCCUCUCUAGACUGGAGGACUUCGGGGUUAAAGUUCUCCCUUUACAAGUGCGGUUGCGUGAUGAUCGUCUCUCUUUAAUAAAAGAGUGCAUCGCUCAGUGUCCUACAGCCUAUAAACAGUCCACUCUGCUGCUGGAGCUGGCCAGGUUACUUCGUGUUGCAGGUGAUGAUGUAAGCCAGAGAAAGGGUCAAGUCCUCACACUGUUGGCCGAGCAGGCUCUACACAAUCACGACUACAAAGCCUCCUACAUCCACUGCCAGGACCUGAUGGCAGCAGGCUACAGCCAGGGCUGGGAUGUUUGUUCUCAGCUGGGUCAGUGUGAGAGCUACACACGGCUCUCGGCUCGUCAGGAGCUGAUGGCGUUUGCUUUGACCCACUGCCCUCCUGCCAACAUCCAGAACCUUCUAGCAGCCUCCAGCUCUAUGCAGACGCAGAUUCUUUACCAGGCAGUGAACUACAAGAUGGAUUCCACUCGGACCCCGGCUUCGGGGAACGAUCCAGAUCAGCAGGGUGGAGGUGGAGGUACAGGGGUCUCUCAGCCCUCAGCGCUUCUCCAGAGAACAACCGCCCGCACCAUUGAGGUUCUGACCAGCACCACGGUAAACACCAAAGCUGUGCUGAACACCAUCAGCGACUCCCAGUGGUGGAAAGAUUCGGUCAGCUACCUCCGCCCACUGCACGGGCAGGAAUCGGAUUCGGACCGCACCGGAUCGGCCAAUCAGAACGCAGAGCUGGAGAAACAAGGCUGCAGCACGUUCUACGAGGAGCUCUUUGAAGAUCCCUACGUCAAUCCCAUGGACGACGUGUACUCUUCAUACGACUACGUCCCUCAGGAAGACUUCGCAGAAGUUUUGCUCCGCACCGGAAAAUUAGCCGAGACCAGGAGUGAAGGCCAUCAGCAUCUUCCAGCGACUGAAGUUCUGCUCCAGUUGGCUAGUGAUGCCUUUCCCAGGGAUAUGACACUGGCUCUGGCCUAUUUGCUCGCUCUGCCUCAGGUGUUGGAUGCUAACUCAUGUUUUGAGACCCAGCCUCCCUCAGCUCUGUCUCUCCAGCUGGCUGCAUAUUAUUACUCUCUCCAGAUCUACUCUCACCUUGUGCCCUGCUUUAAGGACGAGUGCAGCCCGUUGUACAGGGCCGAUCCGAAGGAGCUGAUCCGCCUCGUGGCCGAGCAUGUGGCCGAGCAUGAAGGGUCGGAUUGGGCUGACGAGGAACUGGAGGCUCUGAUUGGUCAGCUGCAGCUCUACAGUGAGCGUCUGACGGAUUUCACUCAGGCGCAGGUGCUGAGGCGUCUCGGCCGAGGAGUGGACGUGCAGCGCUUCAGUAACGACGGUCACUACAAAAAAGAGACAAUCCUCGGGCUCGCUGAGACUUUAGAUGAGAAUGUAUAUGGGAUCUCUCGCUCCUUGGCUCAGCGCUACAGUAUCCCACUAUGGGAGGUUUAUAUGACACAUCUCGAGUUCCUGUUCACAGACAGUGGCCUCUCCACAAAGGAGAUUGAGAGCCGUAGCGAGUCGUUGGGUCUUUUCCAGACCCUGAAGGCCGAACCCCAGGCGUUCUACACACACAUGAGCAAGUACGUGUACCCAGGCAUCGCAGGCGUGGACCUGCAGCGUCUGCUCUACUACUACACUCUCCUGGAGAGCUGCUCGUGCUCCGACUACCUUCCUUCAUCCACCAUGACUCCGGACACACACGUCAAACUGCUGAAGAAGCUGAAGGCUGUGGCCAACGGUCUGGACUAUAAGAAGCUGACAGAUGAAGAGUCAGAUCCUCUUAAAGCUCUGGAGCCGGUGUUAAGCAGCCAGAACGUUCUGUCUAUCUCUAAACUGGCAUCUCGGUUCCCUCCGAAAGGAGGCGGUGCUCUCACACCCAGCACCGUGCACGCUACAUGGCUUCCCAAGCUCUUCUGGCAAGGCGACGCACAGAUCCUGAAGAAGAAGCCUGAAUCGGAUCAGGACUUCCUCAACGCUUACGAGACCUGUGCCAAAUACCUCGACCGACUCACGCCGUCAGACAUGAUCCACUUCCUGGAUUCCAUCACCUUUUCCAUGGAAGCAACCGAGCAGCUCUCUGUUGAGGUCAGAACACAGAUCACCAGACGGGCUUUGAAGUCUCUGAAGAUCAUCAGUGAAAAGAGCAGAAAGAAGGCUAGAGACGACGAGCACGCUUUUCAUUUUAGCCACGCCCACAAUCACCUGCAACAGUCUCUCAACCAUCUUGAGACUUUCAGCCAGCCUUUCCCACUGUCACUCAGAAACAGCCAGGAGGAGCGCCUUCGAGACUACAGUAGAGCCUUUGACCUCUCCAGAUCAGAGGAGGUCAAAGUUCACAACCUGGCUGUUACUAUGGUGCUGGAUGGACAGCCGUUGGCACAAGUAGACAAGCUGCUGGCAGUCGCCGUGGGGACGAGCAGCCUUUCAGUGCACGGCGUGGUGCAGGACUCGGUGGCGCGGAUCAUCUCCUCACUCAGCGGUGACGAGGCCAUCCUGUCCGAUUAUGCAGACCCGCUGAAAGUUCUGGAAGGCAUCGUGAAGGCAGUGCAAGCUGAUGUGCAAGGCGGGGGAAAUGCAGUGUCAUCAGAGGACCUGUUGGCAUGGUUACGGCCAUACUGCGGGGAUGACUCGAAGCCUGUGCGAGUGAGGAUCGAGGUGCUGCAGAUUCUGGAACAUUCAUUCAGCCUCAGCGAACAGGACGUCUGUUUGCUGGUGCUGUUCAGGAGCCAGGCGGUGCUCAAAGCCUGCUGGCCUAGCCGCGAGUGUGACAUGAAUGACAUCGAGGAUGAGGCUCGGCGUCACUCUCUCUUCCUGGAGCUGUUGGACUCCAGUCGAAAAUGGGAGGAGUUUCAGCACCUCAUGCUCCUCCUACAGGCGUGGCCACCUGUGACUGACAAGAGCAGAUUGGAGACGGAGCAGAACCCGUGGGUGUGUGUGACGUCAGCUGUGCUCACACGCUGCUCUGAGGGGGUGGACGUCGACGUUGGACAUGAAGUUCUCGCCAUGUGCCGCUCACUGUAUGCGACCAAGCACAAACUCAAUCCUAAGAUCAUUGGACACAUAUCCUCUCUGCUGUUGAAGAAAGGACUGAAUCUAGAAGCGUUAAAGCUGAUGGCUGAGAGCAAAGACGAGCAGCUUCUUGCUGUGACUGUGGAUCAAAUCAAAAGCAUCACCUCAGUGAGUGAGGAGUGCUGGGACUCUGAGCUCUUGACUCUGUUGCUGGACGCUGGUGUGUUGGUUCAGUGUGUGAACUCGACUCUGUAUCCUCUGCUUGUCUCUCACAUGCUGUCUCAGGGUUUGUGGGACGUAGACGCCGCCGCACGCCAGCUUCAGGGGGCCGGACAUCACGGCCAGGCCGGAUCCCUGCUGCUCGCCCACCGUGGGUCCCACCCGGCCCUCACCACCUUCAACACCGCCCUCUCUGUCCUGCGCAAGUGGAUCUGAAACACACACACACACACACACACACACACACACACACACACACUUUCCAUUUGUCCAUCUCUCACUUCUCUCUCCUUCUUCUCUCUCCUUCCUUUCAUAACUCCACCCUUCCACACCUCCUUUAUGUACUUCUGGUCCACUCUCCCUCCUUUAAGUCGUCUCCCUCUGUCUCUCUAAUCCAGCUUUCUUUGUACUCCCUUCCCUCUUAUCUCUCACUUCACUUCCCUUUUUUUCCUCUUCCCUUUCCUUUCGUUCUUUCCCAUCAUUAUUUACUUCUUUUCCUCAAUUUCUGUUUGCUCUCAUCCCUCUUUCUUUCAACGUUUUUCUCUCCCUCUUUCUCUCUUAUGUCCCUUCCUCUUUUUUCCCCUCAGUCUCCAUCCAGGGUGUAUCCUGCCUUAAAUAUCCUGCCUUGGCACAGCCUCCCCAUGACCCGAGGUAGUUUGGAUAAGUGGUAGAAAAUGAAUGAAUGAAUGAAUGAGUCUCCUUUAAUUCAAAUCUCCACAAAUCUCCAAAAUUCCACAUUUAAUUUGACUUCCUUUGGCUUUUCUCUCCCUCCCGGUUUUCUUCCUUCCCUCCCUGUUUUUCUCUUUCUCUCUCUCACUCUCUCUUUCCAUUUCUCUUCUAUUUUUAUUCCACCCCUUUUUUGCCUCCUUUCCUCUUCUUUCUUUUCAUUCUUCCGUCAUUCUAUUCUCUCGUUCCUCUCCCAUUUCUCAAUACUUUCCCCCUAUUUCUUUCUCCUCCCUUUUGCUUCAUCACUCUUCCAUCUCUCUCUCUCUCUCUCUCUCUCUCUCUCUCUUUCUCUCUCUCUCACACUUUCACUGUUAAUCACAUCACUCACUCACCUGCUCUAAUGCUCAUUACACUCGACCCAUGUGCCAAGCAUGUUUUUUUCUUUGAGUGCUACGUGUCAUCUGUUCUUCCUUUCAUUUUUGCCUUGAUAUUAAUUACACUGGUCACAGGACACAUGAGACCUCCAGGCAGCUGUGUGUUGCUUUAUUGUACAACGCCAUCACACACACACACACACACGGGAGUCCCCGAGUUGGCCAGCGGUGACAGAUAGCGUCGGCUUCGGAUGUCUCCUUUUUUUUUUUUUGAUUUAUUAAAGGUUAUCCAUGGUACAGUAGCAGAGUCGUGUGACUGAACCUCACGCCGGAGUUUUCUGUCUUUCUCCUUGACAUCAGAUAUCGGUGAAUAAAGAAUCCAGAAAAUAAAA